UCACGCAUGCGUAGUAAGCAGUACAGUGCCUGUAAUGGCUGCCGGUUGAACGGAGUGGGAGACUGAUGUUCCGUCUCUCGGUGGAAAUUUUAACAAAGCUGAAACCGUUAACUUGGGAUCACCCGAGUUACAAUGGUUGAUUUCCGACCGGAGAAACAUCGCGAAACUGAACUAAACGGAGUCGAGUAACUUUUAACCAAUCGGAUUGGCCCGAGGCGAGCCGCGUGGGAGGGGCCAUGGCGCUGAAGGAGAGGAUGGAGGCGGUGCUGAACGUGGGGCUGCGGGUCCCCAGCAUCAUGCUGCUGGACGUGCUGUACCGCUGGGACGUCAGCUCCUUCUUCCAGAAGAUCCAGCGGAGCAGCCUCAGCAACAACCCCCUCUUCCAGUACAAGUACCUGGCCCUGUACCUGCACUACGUGGGCUACAUCCUGAGUUUGGUGCUCCUGACUCUGCCCCGGCAGCACCUGGUCCAGCUGUACCUGUACGUGCUCACUGCCCUGCUGCUAUUCGCCGGCCACCAGGUCUCCAGGGAUUAUGUUCGCGGCGAGCUGGAUUCCGGGUAUGAGGGUCCCCUGUACCUGGAGCCCCUGUCCAUGAACCGCUUCACCACAGCGCUAAUUGGCCAACUGGUCGUGUGCACGCUCUGCUCCUGCGUCAUGCAGACCAAGCAGAUCUGGCUGUUCUCUGCUCACCUGCUCCCCCUGGUGGCCCGGCUGUGCCUGGUCCCCCUGGAGACCAUCGUCUUCAUCAACCGCUUCGCCAUGAUCUUCACCGGCCUGGAGGUGCUCUACUUCCUGGCGUCCAACCUGCUGGUGCCCUACAACCUGGCCAAAACCGCCUACCGCGAGCUGGUGCAGGUAGUGGAGGUGUAUGGUCUCCUGGCCCUGGGCAUGUCGCUGUGGAACCAGCUGGUGCUGCCCGUGCUCUUCAUGUGUUUCUGGCUGGUGCUGUUCGCCCUGCAGAUCUACUCCUACUUCAGCACCCGCGACCAGCCCACAUCCCGCGAGAGGCUGCUCUUCCUCUUCCUCACCAGUAUUGCGGAGUGCUGCAGCACGCCGUACUCCCUGCUGGGCCUGGUGUUCACCGUCUCCUUCGUGGCGCUGGGCGUGCUCACGCUAUGCAAGUUCUACCUGCAGGGCUACCGCGCUUUCAUGAACGACAACACCAUGCACCGGGGGAUGACGGAGGGCAUCACUCUGCUGAUCCUGGCGGUGCAGACGGGGCUCAUUGAGUUGCAGGUCAUCCACAGAGCCUUCCUCCUCAGCAUCAUCCUCUUCAUCGUGGUGGCGUCCAUCCUGCAGUCCAUGCUGGAGAUCGCCGACCCCAUCGUGCUAGCGCUGGGGGCGUCUCGGGACAAGAGCCUGUGGAAGCACUUCCGGGCUGUCUCCCUGUGUCUGUUCCUGUUGGUGUUCCCGGCCUACAUGGCCUACAUGAUCUGCCAGUUCUUCCACAUGGACUUCUGGCUCCUAAUAAUCAUCUCCUCCAGCAUCCUCACCUCCCUGCAGGUGCUGGGCACGCUUCUGAUCUACGUGCUCUUCAUGGUGGAGGAGUUCCGCAAAGAGCCGGUGGAGAACAUGGACGACGUCAUCUACUACGUGAACGGCACGUACCGGCUGCUGGAGUUCCUGGUGGCGCUGUGCGUGGUGGCGUACGGCGUGUCGGAGACGGUGUUCGGCGAGUGGACGGUGAUGGGCUCCACCAUCAUCUUCAUCCACUCGUACUACAACGUGUGGCUGCGCGCCCAGCUGGGCUGGCAGAGCUUCCUGCUGCGCCGCGACGCCGUCAACAAGAUCAAGAGCAUGCCCACCGCCACCAGCCUGCAGCUGCAGAGGCACAACGACAUCUGCGCCAUCUGCUACCAGGACAUGAAGACUGCUGUAAUGACUCCCUGUAGUCAUUUCUUCCACGCUGGCUGUCUGAAGAAGUGGCUGUACGUGCAGGAGACCUGUCCCCUCUGCCACAGCCAGCUGAAGGGCCAGUCGCAGCCCAUCUCUGCCGCCGUGCCCGCCCAGGAGGCCCCACAGCCAGCCAAUCGGGAGCAAGCGGAGGCGGGGCCCGCCGAGCCGUUGCCACACGAUGCGCCGUUGGGGGUCGCGGACGUUUCCGGAAAGGGUGGUGUAGACACGGAGGCGGAGCCUCGCUCCCUGGGCUCUAAUGACGCUGAGCAACCUGGCGGGGAUCCGUCUCUAGUCCCGUCCCUUUCUCCCCACCCCCCUGACCUUGACCAAUCGGAUCAGGGGGGCGGGGAAAGGCUGGGCUCCUCUGAGUGCCAGGGAGGUUCAAGCGGGUUGCCUCUGCUUACCCCUCCCCCUCCCCCUGCCCCUCCUCCUCCCGCUGCCCCUGUGGUUCUCUCCGACCCCACUCUCUCGCUCACUGAUAGGGGGUCCAUCAGCAGCCAAUCGGCUGAGCUUGUGGGGGCAGGCCCAGCAGCCUGUUAGCCAAUAAGCAGAACUCUCUGGAAGGGCUGUUGCUAGGUAACGGAUGACGCACACCCCUUACACCCCCCCAGCCCCCUUUAUCCCAACACCAUCACCAUCCUGCAUCAUUCUCCAGAACCAUGGCUGCCCUGUGACCCCGCCAUCAAGGUUUGAGUCGGUUCUGUACUGACUGGAAAUCCCUUCGGUUCAAAUCAAAUGUGAUGAUGCGUACGACUGGGAGUGGGCGGUCCUUACUGACACGGACUCUGGGUGGAGCCUUUGGCCCCGCCCACUGAAAAUACCUUGCUGAAACUCGAUGCACCUGUUACUCGCUAGACACAAGCGCCACUGUGUACUGUAAUUGACAAUGCAUGUAGGACCAGUACUGUAUUUUUCAGGCGAAGAGUUAAGAGUUUAAGGUCCAUUUAAUCGUGUGGUUGGAUGUGUGGAGUAGAAAAAUGGCUGGAACUUAAUCAGAAGCUGGAGGGAGCAAUCGUAACUUUUUAGGAAAUUUGCUGAUUUGACCCAGACUCUUUUUGGCACCUCAUUACCCUAACCCCACCCCAUUUGCCCCUCCAUCAUCUUCUGCCCCCCCCCCCCCCCCCCCCACAUUUUGUUGCAAAUCCAUAACAUCCUCUCCUGGCCACAGCACUCUCUUCAUUCCGAUGCAGCACCCUCUCCAGGCAUCUGCACUCCUUUCUGUAAUAUAACGCCCUCUGCUGGCCACUGUACUCCUGUCUUUAUAAUGCAGUGCUUUCCCCUGGUACCAAAACUCCAGUCUUAAUUCCGGAGUCCCUCUCCCGGCCAGUGCGCCCACUCGCUCUGCAGCGCCCCCUCCUGGCUGCAUGUUCCCCCGUGUUCGCGUGUUCCAUUUAAAAUAAGAUCCCUUCGCUAUGACUGUUAAAAUAAGCUUGCGUCAAAGAGGGGAGAACGCAGUCCCGUGGUGGAUGUGGUGAAUUAGCGGUUCAAACUUGAGAGAAAUGUGACAAGAGCACUUGAUGUAGAAGCUUUAAGCACGCUUAGGCUCGCACGUCGUCAGUCUUGUAGAAGUUUUACUUUCUCCUCCGUUGGUUUUUUAAAAUACGUAGCUUAUUUGUUAACGUCACCGCUUUUGCACUAAUGUAUUUCAUAGCAAUGCUCCAAAGUUGUCUUGUCAGGUACCAAAUAUUUUGGCGUGUAUGUAUGAGGAAAGCAAACUAUAUAUAAAUGUUUGUAUAUAUAUAUACAUGCAUCUAUAUUAAAAAAGGAGUUUUUGAUAUAUCAAACAGUGUUAAAGCAGCACUAGGCAAUGUGAAACGGACUUCCGCUUGUGUGUACACUGUGGUGCCCUCUACUGGUAAAAGUGUGAAAAGCGGUUGACCGCGGAUUAAGAACUGGUGCUUGCACGUGAAUAACUAGUACCGAAUUUACUUCAACAGUAUUAUUUGGCAUUGAUUGCGUCUGUGACGAUGAAUACAUGUAACAUGUAUGAAGUAACUCAGCAGAUGCCAUUUCUUAAUUAUUUUGUAGCGACUUGAUAGCUUUUGCACAUGUUUUCUGGAAGAGAAAAUAGCUCUGUAGAAAUUGUACAUCUUAUCAUGGCGUCUUUAGAUUUAAAAAAAAAAAACAUUUUAACAUGAGACCUAUAUUCUUAAAUGAAUUGAUUUUUUUUUCUUCCUUUGACAUGAUGGAGAAACUGUGUUCAAAAUUACGUUCUAUUUUUUCCCCUUCUCUUUUUUUUAAAGACGAAAUGAAGAUGAGACCUGUUGUUAUGUGAAUGCUGAACUCCAAAUUUCGUUGGAGAUCAGUGAGGAAAUUUGCCCAGGGGACUCAUUUUUAUCUCACAAAACUGAAUGUCUAAAAUAAAAUUAAAAAACUGAAUUUUAA